GUGCUAUUGCUAGUUCGUCGCGCCGCGUCGCGCAUUCUGCACGUACGUUAGGGAGUCGUCGCUGCCCGUACUCGCAAACCGACCAUCGCAUAUAGAACUAACCAGUGAAAUAACACAAUUAAACACCAACAUCCGUGCAUAAACCCUACAGUGCCCAACAGUGAACUGGACGUGUUUGUAACAGUGACUUGUCUAAACAACAGCAAAAAACGUAAUCUUCUAAGCAUCUCCGGGCUGUCCCUCGUCGCAUAUCAGCGGAACUUGUACAGAAGAUUGAUUACUAGGUACAUUGAACCCGCGAAUCAGGCUAGCACAACACAGCCUGUUUGAACGUCAGCGAUAAUUAACAAAGAUUCUUUGAGCAAAUAUUUUUAUAAUGAAAACUCGCUCUAGAAUACUUUUGUAGGUGAGAAUUUUUGGGGAACUUGCUUGGCAACGGGCCGAGAUGUACGGUGCCGCGUCGAGAGUGAAGUGCUAGUGUUGUGUCUGUUGUGUGUAUGAUGUGAGUGACAAUGCCUUCGGACAGUGGAUCAGCGUGGUCUCCGCCGGCCUCCACUGAGAGGAGGCUGAGCAACUCUUCAGAUGGCAGCGCUGGCAGCGGAUAUUCUAAAGCUACAACAGACAGCGCGGACUUCCUAGCCACAAGGCCUCAUACAGCGGCGGUCCUGCCAGGCAAGCCGGCCGCGAACCCGCUGCAGUUCGUGCGGGUCGGCCCUGCAGACCUCGGCAGCAGAGCGCGCGAGCAGCUCCGCAGGGCGGAGCUAGCUAAACGGACCGAGCCAGCGCGCAUUGAGAGGCAGGAGGAUUGGCAAUCGAACCUGGACAACUGGAAGUCGUCGCGGCGGAAGCGCGUGGAGCACAUCAUCGAGCGCUGCGUGGAGGUGCGGCGCAUGGAGCACGAGACCGGCCAGCCGCGCGCCAAGUCCAAGACCUUCAACGAGAUGCUUGAAGAACGCGCGGGUCGCAGAAGGCGGAACCACCUGGCACUGUACACGGAUGACGACGGUCACGACCUGAGCGAUCUGGGCAUCGGCACUUCCAGCACCAAGAGCAGCCUCAGUGAGGACUGCGACACGCACAGCCUGGCCAGCGACGGUAUCGACCUGGAUAAAAACCAUUCAGACGUCGACAACCUGUCGAGUUGCGACAACAAUCGCAAGCUUGGGUCCAGCGCCAACGAAUACGACACUUGCACAACCACCACCAUCAGCUCGCCCGAACCUGAGGAGUAUACCUACGAGGGCGCUAUCGAAGGCUACAAGUCUCGUAUCAUCUCGCAGACAAACAGCAAUAUCGUUAAAACACUCGUCACUGGCAAGGACAAGUCGCCAGAAAAGAACGGUGACGUCAACAGAAUCCGAACGACUGUCAGCAACAAAAUCGAAGAGAAAGUCUCGUCCUUCCAACAAGAAAGGGCCAACGACGCCAAGUUAGUGAAGAAAGACUUGCCUAAAGUCGACAUACACAAGAGGCGGGAGCAGUUCGAGAGAGAAAACUCGCAGGAGCUAGCGAACAAGCCAAAACUACCAGAUAUUGCGAACAAAAAGUCAAUAAAAGAAAGACUGUCUAGCUUAGAAAAAUUCACUGAAGAGACACACGUGCAAAAAGUGAUUAGCGACGCGACUAAACUACCCUCGGAGGUCAAGCCACUAAAGGAGCGCUUGUCUUCGCUCGAGAAAGUGAAGUCCAACGAACCAGAGAAGAUAAAAAGGCUGUCCAACGGCGACCUCAGCAACACGAGGUCGCUCAAGGAACGCCUUAACAGUUUGAAAUCGCAAACAUCCGAGGAAGAUGGUAAGAUUGUAAAAACAGAGGUAAAAGACGUCUCGAUGAGCCUAAAGGAACGUUUGUCUUGCCUCGACGCAGCUAAGAAUAAGGAGAUACCUAAGAUAUCUGUAGAAGAAGAAAUAGCUCGUAAUGAGAAGAUUGACAAGAUGGAUGACUCGAAAGAUAAACUUACAGACAGUUCUUUGAAAUCGAGUCUAUCUGGCAUCGAAAGCCAAAUGCAGAGCUUCUGCCGCUCUCUAGACAGUUUGGACAUCAACGGCCAGACUUCACCCAAUUCAUUUGAAAGGGUGCAAAGUUUAGAAGACUUCGAUUGCGCUGAAAUGCAGAACAACACUGUGCCAAGCGACAUCGAGACCGAAGAUAGUGGCAUUCACACCGCCAGAGAUUCUUGCGCGCCUGCAGAUGACAUAGCUGACUUAACUCAGGUCGCAUCUCCGAUAGGCGAGUCUAUGAUUGAAGCUUCUGAAUACGAGUCAUCCAACGAAGACUGCGUCACUGUGGAGCAGCACAAGAUGGAAGAAGAAAAAAUACCUGAACCAAUCCAGACGAUAAUCCAAGAUGUAAUCGUCGAAGAAGUCGAAGAGCAAGACAGCAAAGCAGAUGACGACAGCGUGAGCCACUACGCGCAAGCCGUCUCACAGCCAGAAGAAUCCAGUGCCGCCGAAGAAAUCACAGAAAUACACACAGACAAAGACGACGAAGACACACUUAAAAGUUUGGACAAUCAAGACACAAGUGUAAGUCUGAAUGAGCCUGUAUCGACCGCGUCGGAAAGCGACACAAUUGUGUUCGAAGGCAAAAUGACUAUACAUUUGAACUUGAACGAAAUUUGCAACAACAUGAGCUCCGGUGCUGGGAAUACUAACACAAUCGCUACCACUAACAGCAAGAGCAUGCCUAUGGUUUUAGACGCACUGGAGUUAGCAUUCAAAGAGCUAGAUUCAGAAGACAGCGCAACAAUGGAAGACCAGAACGAUAAAGACAAUGAUUUUAACAUCCACAAGAAGAUUUCGGUAACGCCGCUCUAUGAGAAUAUUGAUAUCUUCUAUCAGAACACUGUGGAUGACGAAGCGUUCCCUCUGGACAUGCCGGCGAAUGUUCUAGAACCUCCGAAAGAGAAGCCACCUCCGCCGCCAACUGAUGAUGGACAGGACGAUGAACUGCUUGGAAAUGGAAACUUUAGGCACACGAGCUCAGCGCGCCGCAUCAAGAAGGAGAUCAGGAACAAGCGCACCAGCUUCCUCGGUAUCGAGGGUCAGGUGGACGACAGCUACCUCGACGUCGCUCUAACCCUGGCUCCGAGACCAGACAUCACUUCCUUCCUCCAAGAAGAGACGAAGAUCGAGAAACUGUUGUACAAAAAGACGCUGUCCCAUGAUGAUGCUAAAUUGAGAGAGAGCAGGGAUUCUGGGGUGGAUGUGGACCGAGGACCUUCAGCUGAAGCCUGGUAUAAGGGACAGUCAUCCCCGGAGACCUCGAACCCUCACAGCAGACAGAAUAGCGAGCCGUACACGCAUGUGACAGUAACAUCAGACGAGGAGGAAUCCUCGAAGAACAAGUUUGCGUCAAACCUAAACAACAAGUUGUCAGAGCUCGCACCGACGGACAAGAUCGAAACGCUUGACAAAAAGUUACAACAGCAACAGGCGUGUGGCACUAACGAGGAUUGGCCUGACGGGCAUUGUGAUGACGCUCAUACCAAGGAAGUCCUUCGCUUCGAGAGGGAACUCCUGCAACUAGAACAAGAAGAACUCCGCAGACAGAGGGAAAACCUCCUCCGAGACCAGAACCGAAUCAUCCAGAAAUCAGUCCAAGACGUAUCGAUGCCAGAAAAGCCUAUAAACCGGCCGAAAUUCGCCCAAAACUACAGGCAUUCGAUGCCCAAUCUACUUCUAAGCGAGACAUACUCGCCAGUCAGUCCGGUUGUUCACGAAAGAGUUGUUGAUGAUAAACGUAAGCCGUUCGUGUCUGAGGAGCAUAUUCAGAGGCAUUUUGGAGUGGAGGAGAGCAGGAGGGUGCUAUACGAUGAGAGGAAGGUGGAAGCGAGAAGGAUGGCGGCUCGAGUGCAGCCUGUACCGCCGCCCAAGGCGAGGAAUCGGGAGUCAAUUGAGAGGGAGAUUACUAUGAGGAGUAGUCGCGUCCCGUCAGCGGUGGAGUACGUGAACGUGGAGCGUGCGCCGGCGCAGCUCCGACCGAAGCCUCCCCCGCCGCCACAGCCCAGCGCCAACGGGACCUACCACCCCAUGACCAGGCACACGCUGCAGGCGCUGAGCGCUGCGCCGACCAACAAGCUCAUCUCUAGCUCGGAGUGGAUGCAGCCGCGCACCGCCCGCCUGCAGCGACCCGCCAACUACAACUACAACCAGCACUGGCUCAUACAGGAAGCAGAGCAGCGUCGCCUGGAGGAGCAGCGCGGCAAGCUCCGCGCGGCGCAGCGACACUCCUACCACGACGCCGCGCCCGCGCACAACAACCUGCUCGCCGGCACGCUCAGCACCAGUCAACAGCAGCUGUCUCCCGAAGUGAAGAGGUCCGUGCAGGAGGCUCGUGACGACAAACUGCUGAGCGUUAGCGGACGGAGGAAGUGCUCCCACUGUGGGAAGGAAUUGGGUCGCGGCGCGGCGAUGAUCAUCGAGUCGCUGUCGCUGUGCUACCACGUGUGGUGCUUCACGUGCGCGGUGUGCGGCGCGCGGCUCGGCGACGGCUCGGCGGGCGCCGACGUGCGCGUGCGCAACCAGCGCCUGCACUGCCGCCACUGCCACUCCGCCGACGACGGCCGCAAGUACUCGCGCGUCUAGACACUACCGACCACGCGUGCGGCCGCGGCUACAACUGAAACUAAGCAGAACAGACAACUAUUAAUUAGAGCGACUAGUCGCGUGUUGUGUCGGCAGCUCCGAGAGUACCUAUAAUCUCCUCUAGGCGACUAAUAGCAAGCCAGUGGUACCCUAAGGACUACUUCCGACAAGGACAGUAAGAACCCGCAAGUAAUUGCAUUUCAAUGUGACUUGCUGUGUAAUGGAAUGUUUUAAUUCGCCGACUAGCGAAUAGUGCGUUCAAUGACUACUGACUAGCAAUAUUAGUGACUGAAUUUUGUGUGUAUGCUGUGAGUAACAUAUUGAGGGAGCAUAAAGAUCAUUAUUUAGUCGAAAUAUCAAACUAACGUAUAGAAAUAUAUUAAUAACUUGGUCAAUAGUGGGACUAUAUUAUUUAAACUAUUUGAUAUGACAAUAAAAUACAUUGAAUGUAUAAAUAUUAAGGUGUCUGCCAACUAACGAAGCAAUUAUGCUUAGGAAGAAAGACGUAACAGAGACACAGAGUUGGAAAACGACUAUUGUGUUGCAAAAGUCCACGGACUCGUAUGUCGAUAUUUAGAUAUAAAUUGCACCGACUAUUGCCAAAUACCAUAUAUUUUGUUAAAUGUGAAUAUUAUGUAACUAACUCUUGUAUCCUUAUUAAUUGGUAGGUUAUAGACACAGCGCGAUAGUUCCCUACCGCGUUGCUUGUCCGUGUCAACGCAAGUUUCCAAAACGUCUAAGCGACUCAGCCAGCUCUGAGACAGCUACUGCACGCUUUUGUUCGUUCUCAUUCGUUCUUUCCAGACGUUUCAUUCGCGUUUAAACCGAGCCUUGUGGCCACUACGGCCGGAAUUUCACAUUUCAUUUCGGACUAUAUUGUGCCAUGCCAUUCAUCUUAAAGUACAUAGAUAUUCAAAUAUAUUUUGCGAAUUGGAUUUUUUCAAAUUAUGAAGAAAAAUGUGUAAUAUUUUGUAAAUAGAUUUUAAUUUAUAUAUUAUUAAGUGUUAAUUAGCUUUAAUAGAUAUAUUCUAGUUUAAUACGUUUGAUUGUAAUCCAAAAAUUUUCUUGAUUUAUUGUGUUUUGUUUGUACUAUAACUAACACGGUACGGUAUAUACUGGUGACGUCUCCGGCACCGCAAUAAUGUAAUUAUGUUAAUGUUUGAACAAUAUGUACAUUAUAUAUCUUUGUAAGCUCCAAAAUGUGUAACAAUAAAUAUUUUCAAUUAUUA